CCUCCGUUGUCACAGUGACAUCUGUCCGACGGGAAACGAAGCAUGAACUCGUUGACGUGAAGAAUCGCUCGUUGUUUCUUCCUCUGUUAAAUGGAUGAUUGCUCAGUGGAGCUAAUUGAAAAUGAAGGUUAAAGUAGCGUCGUGGUUCUCUGCUGUGUUGUUACUGACGGUGGCAGUGAACUUCCUCCCUGACCCAGCAGCAGCAGCAGCAGAGAUGGUGACUGUACCCGGAGGACAGAUGUUGAUGGGAACCAGAGCAGCUGAUGGGAGGGAUGGAGAAUCCAACACUAAGGAGGUUGAGCUGGGACCUUUUCAAAUGGACACGUUUCCUGUCACCAACACUGACUUCAGAGACUUUGUCCGAGCGCAGAAGUACAGAACCGAGGCCGAGACGUUCGGCUGGAGCUUUGUGUUUCAAGACUUUGUGACUGAGGAGCUGAAGAGUAAAGUCACACAGAAAAUUGAGUCUGCCCCCUGGUGGAUGCCUGUAGAGCGGGUGUUCUGGAGACAGCCUGCAGGACCAGGGUCGGGUAUUCGGGAGCGCCUGGACUUCCCGGUGGUUCAGGUGAGCUGGAACGAUGCUCAGGCCUUCUGCCGGUGGAAGGGCAAGAGACUGCCAACUGAGGAGGAGUGGGAGUGGGCUGCACGUGGGGGGCUGCAAGGUCGAACUUAUCCGUGGGGAAACAAGUUCCAGGCCAACAGAACCAACCUGUGGCAGGGAUCAUUCCCGGAUGGAGACACUGCAGAGGAUGGAUAUCACGGCAUUUCACCGGUCACUGCAUUUCCUCCUCAGAACAGCUAUGGACUUUAUGACAUGAUGGGAAACGCGUGGGAAUGGACAUCAACGCCUUUUCCCGGAACGAGUCCAACGUUUGUGCUGCGCGGUGCCUCCUGGAUCGACACGGUGGACGGGUCAGCCAAUCACAAGGCUCGGAUCACAACCAGGAUGGGCAACACUCCAGACUCUGCCUCAGAUAACCUGGGAUUCAGGUGUGCUGCCGACCACGCACAGGAACAAGGGAAGAAACAAGACAAAGCAGAGCUGUAGGAACAGGAAUUCAAAAAGAUUAACUUCUGAAGAAGUAUAUUCCUUUGAAUUCAGGUGUCGAUCUGAUAUAUGGAUCUAAUGACUUUCAAGUUGAGAAAGAGCAAGGAAAAGGGACAGGACCAAUAAAAACUUCAGCCAUUUUCAAACAUGAA